AUGGCGCUGAGAGUCUCCCGCGGUGGUCGUGGCAGAAGACGCGGUAGAGGAAAGACACAGCCGUGGGAAUGGGAAUCAUACAAACCGAGUCCAGAGAUUUAUGACCAGUUAUGGCGUAUCCGUAAAGAACCUGCCGUAGUUACCGCACAACCAUCCGACGACUGCCCGAUACCACACACACAAACGCGAAUCCUUGAUCGCCGACAGACCGAGGGCGCGGUAGUAAGAAAUUACUACGUCGUUCAAAUCACACGUACCGGCGACGGUGAGGAACAGAAAGUUACAGAAUAUGUAGACCUUAGUUGCAUAUUACACUACGUCUCUUCCGCCGAACUGGAACGAUUUGAAAAUGAGCAGUUUAGACUCGAGGCUGAGGCUGAGGCUCUUGCAGUACAGUCAGAAAUUGACGAGCUGGCGCGUCGGCAGCUGGAAAAGAAUGCAAGGGGGGCCAAGACCACUAGAGUAGGAAGCCGGAUGCUCAGUGGACUAGGGUUACCUUCAGAUGUACCAAUGCGGGCAAGAGGCAGACCUCCAGGGAGACGCGGCAGAGGGAGAGGCAGAGGGAGAGGGCUGACUAUGCGUCACGAUGAUUUGGGUGAGCAAUUUGGCGAUUCUACUGUGUUUCUGGACCAAGUAGCCCAGGAUAUAUCUCCAGUAAUUCCAGAAACCGAUGAUGAAGAGGACCAAGAUUCGGACGCACGAACCCAACCGUCGCCAGGUUUGAUGCGCUCGGCAUUUUUUGCCAAUAGCGCUCUGCUACUGUCACCUGUUACAAGGAGACUUUCCAUUCCCAUCACCUACGACACCCAAGACGAUGAAGCAGAGGAUUUACCUACACCCAUUGCGCAACAAGGCCACGGACUAGACGAAAACCAGCAUCGUAUCAAAAGACUGAGACUCUCAAACCCAGACUCGGAUCACGAUACAUCAGCACUGUCACCUCCACAAAUACCCACGGAAGCAUUCUCAGCAGCCCUCUUCUCCGACCGCUCUUCUGCCGUAGACGCAAACUCCAGUCCCGUUGUCAUCGAGGAUACCGCACCAAUACCACCCAGCGAUCUACCCGCACUAGGAUCGCCCAUGUUUGGAUCCGACUCCGACUCCGACUCCUCGAUUUCCGCAUAUGCGCCGCCAGCCUCCGCUAAUCCCACACGCUCAUCUCCAUCUGUACACAAAGACGGGCUUAACAGCGACACUAUACACAUGACUAUGGAUGCUACCAUGGUCGACGAGCCCAGCAAGGCAGAUGGCGAGAAUGAUGAAGCCGCAGACGAAUACGUGGUCGAAGCGAUUGAAGAGCAUUAUCAUGAUGGGAAUAAGACGUAUUAUUUGGUUAAGUGGGAGGGGUAUGAGGAUAGUCGGGAUUGGUUGGCAGAAGAGGAUUUGCAGGGUGCGAGGGAGGUUGUUGCUGAGUAUCAUGCUAAAAUCAGGCGGAGGGAGGAGAAGAAGCCUGUGGCUAGGAAAGGCAUGUUUUUUAAAUAG